CUGCAACCGCCACGAAGGUCCAGUAUUUGCACGGGAGGAAUGCGGUAGGCGGGGCCGCGCUCGGCUGGUGUCAAACUUUGGGAAUGACAGGAGUGCUGCGGGAUUCGCAAAGAAGGGGAAGUGUCGCCCUUGCUGGCUCUGUUUGGAUUACUUUGACUUGUUCUCAGUUGCAGUUUCUGGCGGAUUUAGCACCUUUUCCACAGAUAGUAACAGACUCUCUCAGCCAUGUCCGAGGACCCGAGCUCCCAACCCUGGUCCAUCAACAAAGAUGAUUACGAGCUCCUGGAGGUGAUUGGGAGUGGAGCCACAGCAGUGGUCCAGGCAGCCUACUGUACACCCCGAAAGGAGAAGGUCGCCAUCAAACGCAUCAACCUAGAGAAGUGCCAGACCAGUAUGGAUGAACUCCUUAAAGAGAUUCAGGCCAUGAGCCAGUGCCACCACCCCAACAUUGUGUCUUACUACACAUCCUUUGUUGUGAAGGAUGAACUGUGGCUGGUUAUGAAGCUGCUCAGUGGGGGCUCGGUGCUGGACGUGAUCAAGCACAUCAUCUCACGUGGCGAGCACAAGAACGGCGUCCUGGACGAGGCCAGCAUAGCUACCGUGUUGAAAGACGUGCUGGAGGGAUUGGAGUACCUGCACAAGAACGGCCAGAUCCACAGAGAUCUCAAAGCUGGAAACAUUCUCCUUGGAGAUGAUGGUUCUGUGCAAAUUGCAGACUUUGGCGUCAGUGCCUUUCUAGCUACAGGUGGUGACAUGACCCGAAACAAAGUGCGCAAGACGUUUGUGGGAACGCCGUGCUGGAUGGCCCCAGAGGUUAUGGAGCAGGAGCAGCAGUACAGCAGCAGUAGUAAGGAGACAAGAAAAGGAGAAGAAGGUACAGGGCUUGAGGGACAUCAGGGGCUUCAGUCAGGAAGUCAAAGUGAGGGAGAGACAGGAGCAGAGCAGGAGGUGAGGGGAUAUGAUUUCAAAGCCGACAUUUGGAGUUUCGGGAUCACAGCUAUUGAGCUUGCCACUGGAGCCGCACCUUAUCAUAAAUACCCACCAAUGAAGGUCUUGAUGCUGACACUGCAGAAUGACCCACCAUCUCUGGAGACUGGUGUGACAGAUAAGGAGGUGGUGAAGAAAUAUGGCAAAUCUUUCAGGAAGAUGAUCUCCCAGUGUCUACAGAAGGAACCAGAGAAACGGCCAACGUCAUCAGAGCUGUUGAAGCAUAAAUUCUUUCAGAAAGCAAAAACCCAUGAAUACCUGCACGAGAAGUUGAUCCUAAGGGCUCCUACAAUAACAGAGCGAUCUAAAAGGGUACGACGAGUGCCUGGUUCCAGCGGCCGGCUCCAUAAAACGGAGGACGGCGAAUGGGAAUGGAGCGACGACGAGCUCGACGAAGAAAGCGAGGAAGGCAAAGCGGCUGUCGCAGCUUUAAGAUCGCCAAGAGUGAAGGAAGGCCCCCAGAAUUCAGAGAUUUUCCGGACUCCUGAGCCUUUAAGUAGUCACCUCCAGCCAAUGCCUCCAGGUCAGGCUGAACUACCUCAGGCUGCAGGCCAACAUCUACUGCAACCCACACAAGUCAACACUCAACCCCCGGCCCAGGCUGCAUCCCCCUCACUCAGUGUUCCUGCUCCUGCUGGUGUUCCCACUCAGAUCCCGGCUGCCUCAGGAGAUAUUAACACUCCUAUUAGUUUGGUAUUAAGGUUAAGAAAUUCAAAGAAGGAGCUGAAUGACAUCCGCUUUGAAUUUAUGCCGGGAAGAGACACAGCAGAUGGAGUGUCCCAGGAGCUGGUGUCAGCGGGUCUGGUGGACGGGAGGGACUUAGUAAUAGUUGCUGCGAAUUUGCAGAAGAUAGUCGAUGAGCCUCAAGCCCAUAAAAAUGUAACAUUCAAACUGGCUUCUGGGGUGGAGGAAUCUGAAAUACCAGAUGACAACAAGCUGAUGGGCUUUGCUCAGCUCAGCAUUAGUUAAACUGUUGUUCUACCUGGAACCGUGACUUGCCUAAAAAAUGUGAAAAUUAAAAAAAAAAUUAAAAAAAAUAGUUUAAUGCAUUUUUUUUCCUCUUUCCAUGGCUGUAAAGAAACCACUACUGCCAAAGAAAAUAGUACCAUUUUGCUACCCAUAGGAUUAUACAAUACCACCUUGUUGAAUUAGGUGGUCAGCCGUAGUAUCAGAACGUACAGUGUGAGAAUCGCUCAAAGUUUACAGUGUAUAUGUAGAAGGAUUCGAGCAUUUACAAGACAAAUGUUUUCAUCUAACAUUCUGGUUCCUUCGUCCUGUUGUUCUCUCGUUAAUAUGUGACGCAUUUGCACAAUCUGAUCCAACACCCUCAAAUCCCGAUGAUCCUGAUAAGUGUAACAAUGCCUUAUAACCAUAAAAACUACUGAAUGCACGUUUUGGAGACGCCUCCUCUUCCCGCAUUGUGUCGUUUGAAAUGCACAAACGUGGCUUCAAGUGCUGAUGCCAAACUUUUUACCUUAAUUUUUUUUUGAGUGCUGAUGAGAUGGAAAAUAAAGUAAUGCCAAAAUAUGAUUUUUUUUUUUUUUUUUUUCAGUCUUUAAUUUGUUUUACUGAUUAUAGCACCAUUGUCUUUAGGUGAUUAUUAGCUCUAAACUCUCUCUCUUCUUAAUAGUAUAAAAUUAUGGUGUCAUUUUUCAAAAACAGGUGAUAUGGGAACAAAUUUGGGCCUGGCAUAUUUUGAACAUGUAAUUCUAGCUUUGUAGCUAUGUGAAAUAUUGUUCCAUAUAUUUUUGGUAUCAUUAUAUUUUUUUUGCAUUAUGUUUCUUUAAAACUCGCAUCCCAUCUGUAUGAACUGUUUGAGUUAUAAAUGUAAGCGUUACUGCCUCAGUGGCGCCUCAAACGGAUUGAAAAGUGAUCAAUCAAAAUGGCCAAAAAGGAAAUAUUUCAUUAGCUUAACUCUCUAGCUAGCUACAUUUGCGUCUGCAUUCCUAUUAUCAGUGUAAGGAGUAAAUUAACAAAUAUUUUGCUGCAAGAAUUUUUAUCUAUUUAUGCAAAAUUGAUCCUCAAAAGUUGCAAAUGAUGAAUGUCAUUUAAUUUCUGCAAUUCUUACUUCCUCUAGAAUUAGAAUGCAAAAUCUUUCGUUUGGAGCCCUUUCCAAAAUGACAUGCAAUGGUUACGACUUUGCUACUCUGAAAACACCCGCGCAAAUUUAAAAGCGGGUAUACUUUUGAGAAACUGACUUUAGGUUGUGCAGAUUUAGGUUUGAAAUUAUUUUAAGUAGACCAAGACGCUUGUUCCUGAUGAGAAACGAGGCAGCCAUGUCUCGAGAGCUUUGGAAGUAUAUAUAACUGCUACUAUUUACAUUUUAAAAACGGUACGUCAAAAAUGAUUUAUGCAGUCCAUCUCAUUUUCAUGCUAUAUAUGAAAAUGAAAAAGAUUCAUAGUCACCUCCACAGUUGAAGCGUAUGCAGAACUCUGGGGAUUUUCAGUGCAGCAAAACAACCCGGUUCUGUUUGCAAUUUCAGCUCAACAGGCUCAUGCAAAUGGGUAAUGCGCAGUUUUAAUAUGUUUAUUUCUCAGGAACUUUGUGUCACAGCGUUACAAAACUGGAUUUAAAGGUAUAAAAUAUUUUUGUCCUAAACAUGUGCCCAUAAGGAGGACUUAUUUUUUCAAAGUUCAAAGCGCUGUUUCUUUUGGGUUUUUUUUAAACAUAUAUAUAUAUAUAUAUAUAUAUCAAACACUCAGAGUGUGAGCGCAUGUUUUGACUGUUUUAAGCAAUGGACUUUAUACAUCAGAUUAACUUAAGCUGUGUAUAAUAAUUGAAGGCUUUAUGGUUUACAUGAAUCUUGAUGAACUCUUGAUACUUUGCUUAAUUAUUUGAUUAUUAAGGUCACUGGAUAAAUAAACAUGCAAAUUCUCAACUAACAUACAAGUGUUUGUUUAAAAUUAAACACUGUGCUGAGUUAGUGAUGGUUCUUGCACAAAUGGCAGCCUGGGCAAUCUCCCUCUUUUCCAACCAACUGAAAUGAAAGCAUCCAUCAUCAGUCUUAGUGCACGAUAUGAGACAAAGAACAAAACCCAUUACUGCUAUCCUCAGCAUCAAUGGGGGCCAACCAACUUCGCAUUGACUUAAUAUGUAUAAAAGCAAUAGAAAACUUGUUUAGGGUGCAACUGACAGAUAAGUUAUGUUUUUUUUCAUAUAUUUUUUAUCUGAUGCCCCCUUUCUAUUGCUCCCAUGGGCAACUGCCCAUAUGGCUCAAAUUAAAGAUAAAAAUGUACAAUGGCUCUUCUGUUUUGGCUUUUUCGCAUUCAAAUGAGUUGAUUUAUUCUUCUGAUAUUUAAAACUGUGCUCUGGAAAAACUCCAGUUAAUUCAGACUAUCACCAGAAAAAAAAUAAAUAAAAAAAUCCAAAAGCCUUCUUGACAUUUUUUUUGUUUUGUUCUAUUUAGUUGGAAGUAAAAGUGCAACAGCUGAACUCUUCUCACUGUCUGGUAUUAGUUUCUGAAUUUAACAUUUAAUUUUUAACAGGGCUGAAAAUAAGUACUUGACUUAAACCUGAGGAUGUAAAUAAUGUCAUUUGGUUUUUAUUUUGAUGCCGUUUCACUCUGCAUUGUGUUUCUGUCUCACGACAUGAUUGUAGGUUCCUCAAAAUGUGGCGAUUGGUUCUUUGAAGGCCUUUGAUGUCAGCAACAAUUUGUCAAGUUCUGAUGUUUGUUCAUAAUUUCCUGUUGGAAAAAUGUUAAUGUCCUUGAAGAUUUUGAACAUAAGUUCUAAAUCACUUUGAGUUUCCAAAAUCUUAAAAGAAUUGUCAACGUCGCUCAUUAAACCCCAGGUGGGGGCCGUUUACAGUCACUCUCACAUGCUUUCUCAUUUUUGUUUCUUACAGCUGAUAAAUAAAAACUUAAUUGUAAACAGUUGGACAAGCCCCAUUUUUCUUGCAAAUUUUUGCAUCAUUGACCCAGUCUGAGGAACUUGUGUAUUGCAUAUAAAACAGUUAGGACUCUAGUGUGGUUUAUCUAUUUAUUUAGAUGAUGAUGUAUUGUCACAACUCUCCAGAUGCCAUUUUUGGAUGCCAUCAAAAAAAAAAAAAA